UAAUAGGACAGUCGUGCUUUGGAGAGUGGUGGGGAUUGUGGCGUAACGCGUAGAGGGUGGGAGAGGGAAAAAUCUGUUGGACGGGUUAGAACGGUGCGUGCUCCCGUGCGGUUCCGUGCUUUUCCGUUAGCGUAAACAUCAGCUGUGUGUUUGUGUGUAUAUAUCUCUCUCUCUCUCUCUCAUUCUCUCUCGGUAUCUUUCUCGAGGCCACGAGUCUCUUAGAAGAAAUGACAGGAGCAGUCGAGAGAACGGUCGCGAUGCGUUUAUCGUUUUCGUGAGGGUGGAAAAAAAGCUUUCUCGUGAUAAUUGUCAAGGGGAAGAAUAAGGCGGGCCGGAUAUAUUCUAUCUGUCACCACCCGCCGCUUCAACUUUAACAAUAAGGUUCGAUCGGGAUAAUGAACGGAGGAAGCCUAGGAAUACCUCGAGGACCCGAACAACAUCCGCAGAGAUUCGCCGAUUACUUCGUCAUAUGCGGUCUUGAUAAAGAUUCGGGCCUCGAACCGGACAAAUAUUUCGGAGAUUCUUUACAAUGCACACCAUUGGAUCGAGCAUACAAGAGCAAAGUUUUAGGACAUUAUCCGGAUUCGGUACCAUGGAACCCAUUCGACGAGCAUGCAGUUUGUAUGCUAUGCCUACCAAGUGGUUUGAGAUUUCGAACCCAGAAACAUUCGGUGGAGCCAACGUUUCAUUCGUUUGUCCUUACCAAAGAAGAUGGGCACAGAACUUACGGUUUCAGUCUGGUAUUCUACGAGGAAUGUCGUAAUCGUAAGAUAUGCGCUGCUAUGCAAACAUUGCAAGCGAUGCAUAUCACAGAAUUGAGCAGUGGUCAGAACGGUACACCGCCAACGGCGAGAAAGGGUCAAGAAGGUGGACACAAUACCAGAUCAUUGCCACGUCAUUUUAAAUUGUCAGCGCAUUCUCCAAGUGCUGCAUUAGCUUAUUACGAUUCAGCCAAAGAUAAAUUAUUAGUGACCAAGUCAAUUUCCUUGCUUUGCCAACAACCCUAUCUUCACGCGGCCAGAAUGUUCCUCACCAAUCUAUACAAAUGUGUUCCUAGGCAUCCGGGACCUGGCCUUAGUUUAGAAUCUUACGUGUACAAUCUUCUGUACAAUGUACCAGUACCUUUAGCUGGAAAAUCAUUGAAAUUUUUUGUACCAAACGACGAGCCAGCUAAGGCUCCCUUAGAAUUAGUGAUACAUCAGCCAAAGCCAUCGCGAGAAUUACCCUUGUUGGAUUAUCCUUUGAAAGAUAUGUUUACAUGGCUAGGGGCUGAUUGUGUCAUACAAUUGUUCACUUGUGUCCUUUUGGAAAAUCAAGUAUUACUCAGAAGCUCGGAUUUCAACAAACUUAUGAUCGUAUCCGAAUGCAUAACCGCCCUUUUGUUUCCUUUUUCUUGGCAACACGUUUACGUGCCCAUAUUACCAGCCAGUUUACAUCAUUUCUUGGAUGCACCGGUCCCAUUUAUUAUGGGAUUGCAUGCGCAAAGCGAAGGUGGUGUAUUAAAAAUUGCUAGCGAAGCAAAUCUUUGUUAUGUAGAUAUAGAUAAACAAAGUAGCCAAUUCCCGGAAGAAUUACCGGUAUUUCCGCAUAAGAUGCAGUUUAUUGCUGAAAUUAGAGCACUUUUAAAUAAGUACAAAGUACCAUUAACGGGAAAGACUGAUAAUAUGCUCAUAAACUAUGUCAAUGGUGACAUUAUGACUAGCAGCUUGACUCUUCCUGGUUCUGGUUUUCACCUUCCACGUAGAAAGCAUUCGUUACACGAUGUUUUAGAUUGGGAUAGACCUGAUUCCGCACAGCAAACUGAUGCCUUUCAACGAAUCGUUGACAUAGUUAAGAGAACGGGUGUAAAUGUAGACGAUAUUGAUUCCAUGGAGGAUACCAUUACGGAUAAAAUACUCACGCCACAAGAGGAAUAUCAAGAAACCCUGAUUUUUAAUAACGCCAUUAGAGAGAUUUUUUUGAAUCGUUUUGCACAAAUGUUUUGUAGUUAUGAACAUUUUGUUAUUCAACCUAAUCAAAAUAAAGACGAAUGGUUGAAUAACAGAGACAGUAUGCAUGUGUUUGAUAAAGCUACCUUUUUAUCUGAUCAACCUGCCCAACAUCUACCAUUUUUAUCAAGAUUUUUAGAAACUCAAAUGUUUGCUUCCUUGGUUGAUAGCAAAGUUAUGUCAACGUGGAGCGAGCUCGAUUAUAAUAUCAAAGUUUUUGACGACAGAAUUACAUUUUUAAAGAAAGAAGUUGGCGAAACUAUUAUAAGAUCGACGCGUUACGAAACGUGUACGAGUAUGUCUGAAACUCAAAAAGUCUUGGAACAGAGAUUAACCAACGUAGAUUUUGAAACCAAUCCGCCAACCGAAAUUGUUCCACAUAGAGCUGCGUAUUUUCGAAGUUUUCCAUUACUCGAUUCUAUCGCGUUAAAUAAAGAACCUGUACAAAGUAUUCUUCGUAGUAGAAAAGGACAGACACAGUGGAAAUAUAAAAUGAAAUCUAUGGAAUCUAAUGGGAAAACGGUAGCACCUCAAGAAUCUCAAUCUCCAAGACCACAAACUAAGCUCUCUGCAGAUAUGAGUCCAGCAUUAAUAGCACAAGCUAAUUGGACUUUUGUUGAAAAAUUACUCAAGGAUUGUAAAUCUAAAACGAAAAGAAUGUUAGUCGAAAAAAUGGGUUCUGAAGCAUUUGCAUUAGGACACACUAAAGAAUCUCUGUUUGACGUAGAAGAAAAUACAUUAGUUGCUAGUCUCUGUGAUUUAUUGGAGAGGAUAUGGAGUCAUGGGUUACAAAACAAACAAGGAAAAAGUGCUCUCUGGUCACAUCUGACUACUUAUCAGGAAUUGGAGGAACGUAACGAUACUAAUAAAACUAUAGAUCCCAACUUUCUUUCUCCUGUACCCAAGAAAUCACCAAAUAAACUUUUUGGGUUACCGGAUCGUUUAAUCGCAACUUUAAAGAGCAGAAAUAUUUUUCUGAUUGCUUCAUAUAUCAAGGAGAAUUUGAAUGAUUUGUCCACUCUGGCAUUAGAGACCGACGUAUCACCUACGAGAUUAACGGAUAAACACAAAUCUCCUGGAGAAAGAAGAGCAGUCGGACCAGAACAUUUACGUCCCUUACCUGAGUCAUUGAUUUUUGAUAUUAGAAAUAUUCAAGCUAUGACGGAUAUUAAAACGCAAAUUGGAUACGCCAGAGCAUGGGUGAGAUUAGCGUUGGAAAAGAAAUUAUUAUCUCGACAUUUGAAAACACUGUUAUCCGAUACAGAACUUUUAAGAGGUCAAUAUAAAAGAUCAGCAUUUUUACGUUGCGAGGAAGAAAAGGAACAAUUUUUGUAUCACUUAUUGACGUUAAACGCAGUUGAUUAUUUUUGCUUUACAAAUAAUUAUCCUACUACCAAAUUACCGUACAGAGUCGUUAUAUUUCCUAGUCGUAAAGCAAGUGCUGCAACUACAUCUGCUCAUAGUUGGAUCGCCAUUUCUGGCACUUUAUGCGAAACUAAUCCUGUACCGAUUCCUAAAGGUGCAUUAGAAUUUGUAUUUCACCAUAAAAACUUAGGCGUCCUAUCAACUUUACGGAUAGGUCACGAUAACACUGGUCCCUCACCUAGAUGGAUGGUAGAACACGUAGUUGUAAGAAACGAAGUUACUGGACAUACAUUUAAAUUUCCUUGUGGAAGAUGGCUUGGUAAAGGCAUAGAUGAUGGAUCUACUGAAAGAUUGCUAGUAGGUGCUUUAGUACCACAUAGUAUUGAUAACGAAGAAUUGGUUGAAUCUUGUUCGACUCCUCCAAGAUGUAGAUCUCCAAGUAUACCCAGGAGAAAUGUGUUAUCCCUAGUUGAAUUACAACAGAUACUUGGAGAAGCUGUAAAUGCGAUAGUUAAAUAUUAUUACAAAAGAGAGUGCCAAGAUAGUUCUCUAACUGCCUUAAUUUGUGGCGAAGGUGGACUCGUACCUUCUCUAGAACAAAUCUUUUUAUCCGGUUUUAAAAGUCAAAGAAUAUUUGGUAGAAACUUAUACGUUUGGGACUACUUCUUAAGAGUGAAAGAGGACUUUGAAAUAUCUUUAUUAGAUGAAAUGAAUGAAUAUAGGAUUAAAAAACUACACUCAGAAAUGAAUCAGAAGUUUCCUAUAAUGAGAUGUUACUGUCAUCUUAUCGAUCAGAUUAAUAUAUUUAGUCAAACUUUGGGAAAAGAUGGAAAGUUUCAAUUGUUCAUUUGUUUGGCGACAAGAGAACAAUUGUUGCAUCCCAUGUUGCCUCUUAUGAGCGUGGCACGUUCCACUGCAGACAUGUACGAAGAGAAUUCGUUUUUGAGAAAUCCAGCUCUAUUGACGUUCCUCAUACAAAUUCUUAAACCACUUACCGAUUUUCAUAUUGUCCUUGAAAAAAGCUUGACGUAUGGAAUCUCUAGUAUAUGUUAAUCUGUUAUACAUUCCGUGUGCAUACUUUGGUCGAAGCUUCAUCAAAAUGGCUAAUACCAAAUGCAAACACGAUGUUAUGCAUUCAUUUUAUACGUUGUUGAAAAAAGUCGCAAGACUUUAAUAGGGAAAAGGCCGGUGUUAGUUUUAAAAGGAAAAAAAAACACAAAAAAUCAUCAUUUGCUAAAUGUUGCAAAGAGAAUUUUACUAUUACGAUAUAUAUAAUAUAUAUGAAAAUUGAAUAUUUAAAAAAAAAAAAGAAAAAGAACAAUUGAAGACUGUUACUGGUGAAUGUAAAAAUAGAAAUUUUUAGAUGAGAAAUUAUUAACAAGUGUGUGUGAGAGAGAGAGAGAGCUAGAAUGUGAGAGUGAAUGAAUAAAUGAAUGAAUGAAAUGAAAAAGAAAAAAAAGUGUAUGACUUUUACUAUGUAAAAUGUAAAAUUUAGCAAAGGUGAGCAUGAAUCUUUUUCUCUCAUGCUAUUUUCAAUGCUCGUACUAUUCAUGACAAGUGAUAUACGUUUAUUAUUAUCUAGUUAACUUUUACUCAACUCCCUUUUAAUCACAAUUAAUUAUUAAAUGUGAAGAACGAAAAGGAGACAUUUUUCUCUAAAUCAUACAUAGUAUGGACGAAUUGUAAACCAAAGAUUUUAAAUCCUACUUAUUAAUUAAUAUUGUAAUCAACGCCGUGUAUAUUUUCAUUGCCAUUUUAUUCAAACAAAAUUUAUUUUAUUUUUUUGUAUCUUUUUAUUAUUAAUGUACGUUUGUUUCCAUUUAAUCAAACCAUCAAAUGGUGUAAAAAUAAAAGAAAAAAAAGGAAUAUUCGGGAUAAUAUUUGUAUAGUAUAUAUAUAUAUAUAUAUUACGUUAAUUAUAUUUUUUAAAAAUUUACCAUGAGAUAUGAAUCAUGAUGCUCAUAAAAUAAUCUUCCUCUAAAUAGAAACAAAAAACUUGUCUAAGAUCUCAACUCGAAUUGUUUGAUAUCUAAUGUGUAUUUACUCGUCACGUUAUUUUUUACUGGCUGUGCGUUUUUAUUAUAACAAUACGUUGAAACGAUGAAAAAUGAACAAUGGAAAAUCCUAAAAACAAUCGUUGUAGAUUUUGGUUAAGAUUUUUGUGUUGCUAUUGCAUUUGCAAACAUUGGUUUCAAUAUUUAUCCCUGAUAGUGUUAAAAGAAACCAAAAAAAAGGGCUCUAAAAAGUGAAAUAAAAAAUAAUUAUUAGAGUUACGUUAUUCCGCUAUCUCUCGGAUAUUUUGUAAUUUAUUUCUAAUAGGCUUUUUUUUUUUUUUUAACGACAAUAUUUCUCCAUGACUACUUUUUAAAUUAGCAGUACGAAAUAUUUUAUUAUACUCCGUGUUUAAAUUAGUUUCUCUUACGUAUACGUUUAUAAUUUCUUCUGUGAUAUUCUAAUGGACAUUUCAAAUUGGAAAACAUGAAUUCGAUUUAAAAAUAUCUGGAGAAGGACCAAAAAAACCAUUUUUGUCAGUUUAAAAGAAAAAAAGUAAGAACAAUUAGCGAUUAUUUUAAAUAUUAUCGAUCCAAUAAAAUAUACACGUAUGCACAAUUCAUCUUAAGUAUUAGAAAUUUAAAAUUACAAGUUAUAUGUAUAAAUAUACAAACACAAAUACACACACACACACACAUACAUAUGCAUUUUACAUUAUGUACUCGCUGUGAAGUGAUAAUACUGUAUUGUUUUAAUAAUAAUUAGACCGCAAAGUACUAUCGAAUUGCGAGCAUUUCAUAAAAAUGGUCAAAAUGAAGAUAUGAAGAACUAAAAAUAAAAAAGAAAUAGGAAAAAGAAGAAGAAAGAGUUAAGAGAAAAGAAUAAGAAUAUUUAUAAUAGUUAGAGCUUAUAUGUUCAGUACCUUGAAGAAAUUUUUUAGCAAAUACGUGAAUAAAUUCUCUUAAACAAUUCUAUCAAAAACAGCAUCUUCUUCAAUUGAUGAGCUUUGAUUUGAAAAAUAGCUGAAUAAAAUAACAUAUACAUACACAGAUACAUAUACAUUUUAUUCAUUACAUUUAAUGCAUAUUGUGCAUGCUGAACAAAUUAAAACACAAAUUGUCGAACAAAUUCACACGUUGUGAUCUAAAGAACAAAAUUGUAUGAUGAAUUUAAUAUAAUCUUCUUCGUGAUAUCUAUCCAAUUAUGGAAAAAAAAAUAACGAGAUAUGUAAUUAAGAUAUAAUUAAUAUAAUUAAGAAGAGAAAGAGAUUGAGAAAGCAGAGUUCGUAUGUGCUUGUGUGUGUGUGGGUGUGUAAAAUAAUACAAUGAUUAUUAUUGUUCAUAUACAACGCGUGCGAAUUCAAUCCGCGAUCAGUACAAAAAAAGAAAUAUAAACCAAAGGAGAAAGACAUACACGAUGAUGUGGGUGUGUAUUUAUUAUUCAUCAUGGGAUUUCUCGUGGUAUUCGAUGAAACCAUGUAAAAAAUAAAAUUGCGUGAUAACACUCGAUUAAUUAAUAAUCGUAGCUAAUAAAUCCUUUCGUUAUUAGCGUUCAUGCUUAGGGGCUCCAUAGAAAUUCAUAUAGGAAUCCUAUUCGAUGAUACAUAUAUAUAUAUAUGAGUGAAUUUAUAUGGUAUGAUACUCAUGUUAAAACAUGCGGUACGAAAGGGUUUACAUACAUUGUUCUUGCUCAUUUAUAUUCUUCCUACUUAAUUAAAUUUCUUGUGUUUUCUUUUUUUUUUUGGUUGUUGUUAUAUUCAUAUACAAUAUAAAUAAGAAACAUAAGUUGAAAGUGUAUCAAUCAUUAUAUUAUAAAUCCCAUAUUGGAAAUAUUGUCACACUCGCGUUCCCACUUCUUCUAUUGUAUAUAUGAUACACAUAUGUGUGUACAUUUAUUACACAUACAUACAUAGGAUACACAAAUAAUGAAUACAUCAUAAUCAUUAUUCGUCAUCGUUAUAAUAAACAUGCGUAAUAAUUGGAUGAAGAGAGAAACAAACGUGCAACUUCUAUGGUAAAACCUAUAAGAGGUAACUUUUACAACAAAAUCUACCGUAUGUUUGUAUAUACGUAAAUACGAAAUAGGAUACUAUUGUACAGUAGAUUAAUAAAACUAGUUAUUAAAAAUACUAAACAAAAG